AUGAGGCUCCCGAAUCCAUUUGGCUUCCGGCCGGGGCCGGUUACCUUCUGGACGACCGCCAUCUAUCUCGCCGUCACGAUACCGCUAAUUUACGUUCACGAGACGGUGCCGCCUGCGCCGUCGGCGCAUUCUCUUGGCAAGCAGGGCUUGAACUUGAGCGAAGCAUGGGACGAUCUGCAGGUCAUUACGAAGCAGUACCAUCCGUUCAAUAGCAAGGCAAACGCAGACGUCCGCCAGUAUUUGAUUGAACGUUCGAAAGCGAUCUUGGACCGGAAUGAUGUUGGCUACAAGACCGAUACAACUGGUGGAGUGAUAUGGAACCCCAGUAUCGAACGAUAUACGUCUACGAAUGACGAUGAUUCCAAGUUGAGGGCCAAGCGACCGCGAGGUGCUACCCUUUUCGACGACCACACUUCCAAUGUGACUUGGACGGUCGACUCGCUUCUUCAGAGCGCCAAGAGCGGCACGCAGACGUGGUCGGGGUACUACUUUGAGGGCGACAACUUCUAUGUAUAUAUCCAUGGCCAAGAUGAUCCCGAGGGCGAGUGGUGGAAAUCUCCGAAUAACGCGCAAUACAACCCCGGAGGCGUUCUCGUCAAUUGCCAUUUCGAUUCUGUCUCGACGGGUUAUGGUGCGACUGAUGAUGGCAUGUCGUGCGUAAGUCUGCUGCAGCUGCUCAGCUACUUCACCACCGAGGGCCACCAGCCGAAGCAUGGCAUCGUCCUCCUCUUCAACAAUGCGGAAGAGGAUGGCCUCCUCGGCGCUCGCGCCUUUGGCUAUAGCCCGCUUCUCAAGUUUUGCCACACGUUUGUCAACCUGGAAGGAGCCGGCGCUGGAGGCCGAGCGGUGCUCUUCCGAACCACCGAUCUUCAAGCUGCCGAGGCCUAUGCCAAGAGCCCCCAUCCGUUUGGCUCCGUUGUUGCGGCAAACGCCUUUGAGCGAGGAGUCAUCAAGAGCGGCACCGAUUUCGAGGUAUUCGCUCCGGCAUUCGGACAGCGAGGGCUGGAUAUUGCCUUUUAUGAGCCUCGCUCGCGCUACCACACCGAGGACGACGAUACGCGCCACACCUCUGUCCGCAGCAUUUGGCACAUGCUAUCUGCCGCGUUGGCAUCUACAGAGAGGCUCUCCGAGGUUACUGGAACAGUCUUUAAUGGCGAUCGUGCAGAUGGUGAUGAUAGUUUGGUCCAGAACGGCAAGCCCACCGAGGGUGUCUACUUUGAUUGGUAUGGCAGUGGAUGGCUUACGUUCCCCCUUAGAGGGCUGUUUGCGUGGUCGCUGACGCUGCUCAUCGUGACGCCCGUGGUCCUGUCUAUUGUAACGUAUCUGCUCGUCCGCCAGGACAAGUAUUACUAUUUUGCCAUGGACAUUUGGAGGCAUUCCGAGAUUCAUGACGAGCCGGUUGCAAUCAAUGGCUGGCGAGGCUUCUUCCGAUACCCCUUGGCGCUGAUUUUUGCUAUUGGCCUGACGAUAGCGUCGAUUUUACUUGUUGCCAAGGUCAAUCCUCUCAUUGUCUACAGCAGCGGAUACGCAGUCUGGGCUAUGACGGUGUCCCUCUUCUAUUUUAGCUUCUGGCUCAUCAUGAGAGGCGCCAACUUUGUCAGGCCAACCGCUCUCCAUCGCGGAUUUGCGCUCGUCUGGUUAUUCAUCCUGUCUUGGGUCCUUCAAGUCUUUGCGGCCUUGGUCGAGGACCGCAUCCACCUUGGUGGCCUCUACUUUGCGGCGUUUUUCCAUUCGGCCAUCUUUUUGGCGCUCUUCAUCUCAUUGCUGGAACUAUUUACGCUGCCUGGAAAGCAUGAAUUCGCCAACCGCUACCAGGACGACCCAGCUCCGGAGCAUGUCCGAAUUACUAGCUCCGACAACACCAUUACGGGCGAUGAAGACGAAGAGGAAGAUCAGGAGUACGCAGCCGAGAGUGCUACGGAGACAACACCUCUCAGAGCUGGAGAGCCGGGCUAUGGGUCGGCUGAGCAAACGACCUUUGCGAGCACAUACCGGCGAACAGCACAAGCAGAUGAGGAGCCAGCUCCCGCGCCCGUGAAGAGCUAUCCUCCGUAUGAACACGAACAGGCGUGGUCUGGACGACUUCCCACCUGGACUUGGUUUAUCCAGCUCCUGCUCCUUGCUCCUGUCCAUGUCAUCAUCGUAGGCAACUUGGGACUGAUACAGACUUCGUCGAUGAACAUGACUGGUGCCGACGGCGGUGGUCUUUUGGCUCCUUUGAUGGGAAUUGGAAUCAUGACGAUUCUCAUCUUGCUUCCCCUGACGCCGUUUAUGCAUCGCAUCACUCGCCAUGUGCCGCUCUUUCUCUUGGUGGUCUUUAUUGCCACGUUUAUCUAUAACCUCGUUGCUUUUCCCUUUUCUACCAACUACCGAUACAAGUUGUAUUUCCAAGAAGUCAUUGAUGUAGAUGCUGGAACGGAUAUCGUCUCGCUGUCUGGGCUUCCGGAAUACGUUGAGGCAGUCGUUUCAUCUAUUCCAUCAGCUGCUCAACACGUCAACUGUAGUGAGAAGUCGUCGAGGGCUGGCCUCAUCGCCUGCAAGUAUCCCGUAUCAUCAUCGCUCUCGCCGCAUCUCGUUAACGGCACGAAGCCAGCGGACUUGAUCACGGUAGGAAGCUCCUUAUCAUCUGACGGAAGAACUGCCAAUCUCCAAAUCAAUGCAAUAGACUCCAAGGUGUGUAUCCUUGAGCUUUCUCGGCCUGUAUACGGCUUCAAGCUAGCAAAGGGCCUUCCUCUGGACGAGCGUUUCGGGUCCAGCCCGCAAAACGGGAUGAAGAGCAUUACUCUCUUCAGGCGAGAGUGGGACGGGGAGUGGGAUGUCGAGCUGCAGCUGACGCGGGAUAUUCGCGAGACUGACCCCAAGGCGUUUGAUGUGACGGUGAAGUGCGCGUACAGCGACAUGAAUGACGAGAAGACGAUUCCGGUGCUGCGUGAGCUGUAUCAGUAUAUGCCCAAGUGGGCGGUUAUUUCGAAGGCGGCGGUUGGGCUUGUGGAGGUGAGGAAGAAGUAUACUGUGGGGGAGAAUUGA